GACCAUCUCUGUUGGUUGCUCUGACAGGCUCCAUGUCAGACCCGGUUUGGAGCACAAAUCUGAGGACCACGCAAGAAGGCUAUUUUCUCCGUGGUCAUGAGUGGAAGCAAUGGGCCGACUGACACCCAUACCUAUCAAUCCUUAGCCGAGGAUUGCCCCUUUGGCUCUGUGGAGCAACCCAAGAGAUCCACAGGGAGACUUGUCAUGCACAGCAUGGCCAUGUUUGGCCGAGAGUUUUGCUAUGCGGUGGAGGCAGCUUAUGUGACUCCAGUUCUGCUCAGCGUGGGCCUGCCUAAGAGCCUGUACAGCAUGGUGUGGCUCCUAAGCCCCAUCUUGGGAUUCCUGCUCCAGCCUGUGGUGGGAUCAGCCAGUGAUCACUGCAGGGCCCGUUGGGGUCGCCGGAGACCAUACAUCCUGACUCUGGCCAUUAUGAUGCUCUUGGGAAUGGCUCUGUACCUCAAUGGAGAUGCGGUCGUAUCAGCUUUGGUUGCUAACCCAAGGCAGAAGCUGAUCUGGGCCAUAAGCAUCACCAUGGUAGGUGUGGUUCUCUUCGAUUUUUCUGCUGACUUCAUUGACGGGCCCAUCAAAGCCUACUUAUUUGAUGUCUGCUCCCACCAGGACAAGGAGAAGGGCCUCCACUACCAUGCCCUCUUCACAGGUUUUGGAGGUGCCCUUGGCUACAUUUUGGGUGCCAUAGACUGGGUGCAUCUAGAUCUGGGAAGGCUGCUGGGCACAGAAUUCCAGGUCAUGUUCUUCUUCUCUGCCCUGGUUCUCAUCUUGUGCUUCAUCACACACCUGUGCAGUAUCCCUGAAGCUCCACUCAGAGAUGCUGCAACUGACCCUCCCUCACAGCAGGACCCUCAGGGCUCGUCGCUGUCAGCCAGUGGGAUGCAUGAAUACGGUUCUAUUGAGAAAGUUAAAAAUGGAGGUGCAGACACAGAGCAGCCAGUACAGGAAUGGAAAAACAAAAAGCCUUCUGGCCAGAGUCAGAGGACAAUGUCGAUGAAGUCACUCCUUCGGGCAUUAGUAAACAUGCCUUCCCAUUAUCGCUGCCUUUGCGUCAGCCACCUGAUUGGAUGGACUGCCUUCCUGUCAAACAUGCUCUUCUUCACAGAUUUCAUGGGACAGAUUGUAUACCAUGGGGAUCCCUACGGUGCACACAACUCCACGGAGUUUCUCAUCUAUGAAAGAGGAGUUGAGGUCGGAUGUUGGGGCUUGUGCAUCAACUCUGUGUUUUCUUCAGUUUAUUCAUACUUUCAGAAAGCUAUGGUCUCCUACAUUGGAUUAAAAGGCCUUUAUUUCAUGGGAUAUUUGCUCUUUGGCCUGGGAACAGGAUUCAUAGGACUCUUUCCAAAUGUGUACUCUACUCUGGUCCUCUGUUCUAUGUUUGGUGUAAUGUCCAGCACAUUGUACACUGUGCCCUUUAACCUCAUUGCUGAGUACCACCGUGAAGAGGAGAAAGAGAAGGGGCAGGAAGCGCCAGGAGGCCCUGACAACCAGGGGAGAGGCAAAGGCGUGGACUGCGCUGCUCUCACCUGCAUGGUACAGCUGGCUCAGAUCUUGGUUGGAGGUGGCCUGGGCUUCCUGGUCAACAUGGCUGGGAGUGUCGUCGUCGUGGUGAUCACAGCGUCUGCGGUGUCCCUGAUAGGCUGUUGCUUUGUGGCGCUCUUCGUAAGAUAUGUAGAUUAGGUUCAUAAAAAGACACCCACCAAACCUCAGACAAAAGAAGCCCAUGGCAAGAAACCGCUCUUUUCUCGGACUCUUCGGUGUUGUUGGGGACUGUAUGCCUCAUGCUGGCACUGCGCCUUGCACAUACAUGUGGGGAAGGUGUGGUGGGAUUGCCCGCUCCCCUGCAUCUUCCUUACUGCCCCGCAAUGCAGGAUGAGAGAGUCAAGUUCUGCUUCUCAAGAGAAUUUCAAGCCUCCAUCAUGUCUUAGGAACAAAUGCAUCUUACCUGUAAUGCUUAUAAAUAAUUUUUAAAAGUCAAUUCAUAUACCACUGGGAAAUCACACAUUUCAUCAAAUUCAGAAGCACUUAAAACAUGACCGAGUGUUUCUUUUAUCGUGUUGAUUUAUUCAGAUUUAAUUUGCUCAUAAUUAAUUCCCGUCUAAUGUAUGACAUUCUGAACAAGCCUGCGUUGGAGGUCUCAUUCCGAAAGCACAGCAACUUAAAAGUGUUCAUUCAUUUCACUGAUGCAGUAAAAAUCUUUUUCUUGAGUCGGUACCUUCACUUCAUGCUCUGAAAUUGACAAUUUCAAGAAGCGAUUCUGGGGUUUCUCCUACGAUAUUCUAUCUCACUCCCAAUAGAGCACAUUUGCUUUAAUUAAAACCUUCAGCGGGCUCCCAUGUGGGAAUUUUUACCAGCCUGAAGAGACUGUACUGAACCCAUGCUGAGAGACCACAUCACUUAAUAACAAAACCAGCAGUGGGCUUUGGAGCCUGGCUGUGUUUUGAACCUCUGUUUGGUACUCAGAGGCGAAGUAUUUAGCAUCCUGAACCAUGCAUGCUUGUGUGUACGCUAGUAUGAGGAAUUCCAUUCUCAGAGCAUCGAGACCGUGAGUUUACAAUGCUUGUGAAGUGCUUCCCCUUACCGCAAAGUCUUAGCCUUCCUCGAUACAGCAAUUUUGACCAUGGACGCUACAGCUGAUCUUCACUCUUACAUGAGGGAACCAGAGCAAAGCUCCAUUAGGUGCCUCACUGAAGCCACACAAGUCAUAUGUGGCAAAGCUGGGCUUUCAAUCCAGGGCUUUGGCUCUACUGCUUCCCGUGGAGGGCAAGCAUAGGCUGGCGGCCUACGUGCUCAGGGCUCAAUGAAUGUCAUGGUCAUUGCUGGCAAACCCCAUCACCAGCCCUCUCUCCUUAGGUUUUCUGCAGCCUUGGUUAAGUGCCAUCUGUAUGACUCCAGAUGUGCCUGAGCCAUGCAGAAAGGAAAUUUGUCCAUGUGCCUUCAGAUGUAAAAGAUAAAGCUAUGGGUUUCCACUCUC